AUGAAAGCUGCUACCGGCGGAUCGAGCUGCGUUCAAGCCACAAAGUCCAAGGUUCAUCGCCAACAGCUCUUUCCUUCAGACGACCACCAACUCAAUCCCCAAGCCGUACUCAACAACGGGUCAGUGUUGAGGGGAAGGAUGCCAUUCACCUACCUACGCAAGAUGCGCGCUGAAGAGGAGCGACAACGACUUUUCUCGUCCCGCUCUUCCUCCUCUUCCUCCUCCUCCUUCACUCCCUCAUCUGUGCCGGUAGCAGGUUCUCCCAAUCGCGCGAUCAAAAUCGGACUCUUGGCGAUCCUGAUUGUCCCCAUCCUACUCAACCUACCAUGGUUCCAUUCGGCAUUGGGACCUUCUGGAAUGCCUGAUUUAUGGGUCAGACCCACGAGCGAAGCGAGUACGAUUGCAGCCAUUGCGGCUCGACCGGAAUGUUAUCCAGUCUCGGGUGGGGAAGACUUUAAGUUUUGCGAAGACCUCCAUUUGAUUCCUGGGUCAGAACAGGAAACGGUUCUUAUCAGUUGCGAUGCGAACAGGGCCGGCUGGAAUACUGUCAUGGGUCCCCUGAACAGUCCGGAGACUAGAGGUGGCUUGUUUACUUAUGAAUAUUCCACAGCCGCUGAGCAAGAGAGGCGGAAGGCGGUAAAGGUGGAGCUGAGGGGUUUUGCGAGUGAGAGCGAGUUUCAUCCACUUGGAUUCUCCCUUCUCGGUCCUUCUGAGGGAGGUGGGAAGGGGAGGAGGUUGUUCGUGGUGAAUCAUGGUAAACUUCGUAGCAGCGUUGAAGUGUUUGAUCUAAAACAGCCAGAGGGAGGCAAGGGAUGGGAAGCACACUGGUUCAAGUCGGUGGUGCAUCCUUUGGCAACACAUACACCGAACUCGAUCCACGCUAUAUCGGAUCGGUUGUUCAUUGUGACUAACGAUCACCUCUUCGCUCGCAGACCAGGGCCUGUGGAUAGUCACAUGGGCCCUUUCCUCUCACAUGUUUUGUUCGGAAGUUUCAACGUGGAGGGUUGGAAGAGUUUGCUCGUAGAAUCACUGGCGAAAGUGUUGCACAACAGAAGAGUAGCAGCGAUUCUAGCUCAGAUGGAAACCCUCCUGGGUCUACCCCUGGGUUGGGUGACACUAGUGCAGCUAGAAGAAGACGGCAAGGCUCGUGCCAAGGUCAUAGCUAAAGGUAUACCUUUUGCCAACGGUCUAGUCCUCACCGCAGACGCAAAAACACUUGUUGUUGCUGCUACGACCUAUCCUGGUGUUUGGAUGUACGAUGUUGUUGCACCGACGCCUACCUCUUUCUACACCUCCUUUCCUACUUCGGAACGUUUUGCCUGGGAUAGCAGGCUUCAUCUCAAAACGAAACUUCAUCUUCCAUUCAGAGUAGACAAUCUCGCUUUCACUUCCUACCCCACCACCCUCAACUCGACUGACAUCUUCAGUGGUCAUGCGCUGCUAGCAACCGGGCACCCAGCACCGUUGAAACUAAUCGCAAUGGCUCGCAACCCUACCAAGAAAACCAGUCCAAGUUGGACCAUCUCCAUCACGCCUAACCCUACUUCUUCCAAGAUGACAGUAGGAGAGGAAUGGGAAGAUAAAGAAGCACCUCUACCAGCCCAUCAUUUUCUGUUAUCACAUAAUUCCCAGUGGCGGAUUCGCACCCUACUGCAAAGCACGGGAGAGACGUCAAGGGCCGGGAAACAAGGGGAAGAUGAGGUGAGCGUUGCUAGUAGUGCCAGUGCUUUCUAUCGGCCUUACGCAGGUUGGGAUCGGGAAGGAAAACCUGGUGGACUGUUGAUGGUUUCGGGCUUGUAUUGUGGCCUUACGGCCUGUGAUAAUGUCGGUACUUAG